UGGGCCCGCCCGCCGCGCCGAGAGCAUGGCCGGCUUCGCCGACCUGAAUCUGCCGCAGGGAGCGGACAAGAAGUCCCUGCAGAGCCUGCUGGAGGCCGCGGCGCACCUGGGAUAUUCUAUAGUUGCACUUAAUCAUGUCAUCGACUUUAAAGAAAAGAAGCAGGAAAUCAUCAAGCCAGUAUCCCCUUCAGAGUUGUUUCCAUCUUUACCUAUUGUACAAGGGACAUCUAAAAGAAUUAAAGUCUUGACCCGGCUAACACUUGUUGUUUCUGAUCCUUCCCACUGCAAUCUCUUGAGAUCAACAUCUGCAAACAUAAGGUUAUAUGACAUCAUAGCAGUAUUUCCAAAAACUGAGAAGCUGUUCCAUAUUGCUUGCACAACACUAGAUGUGGAUCUGGUUUGCAUAAAUGUAACAGAAAAGCUGCCAUUCUACUUCCGAAGGCCCCCUGUGAAUAUGGCAAUAGAUCGAGGCAUUUACUUUGAACUUCUUUACACACCUGCCAUCAAAGACUCCACUAUGAGAAGAUACACAAUUUCAAAUGCCAUCAGCCUGAUGCAGAUCUGCAAAGGAAAGAACAUAGUUAUAUCUAGUGCAGCUGAAAGGCCUCUAGAGCUCCGAGGUCCUUAUGAUGUGGCUAAUCUAGGUUUGCUGUUUGGCCUGUCAGAAGGUGAAGCAAAGGCAGCUGUGUCCACCAACUGCAGAGCCACCAUGCUGCAUGGAGAAACUCGAAAGAGUGCCUGUGGCGUGGUGUACACGGUGAAGAAGCCUCGCAAGGUUGAGGAGGAGGAAACAGCAGUGCCAGCCUGCAAAAAAGCUAAGACUCAAGCUUGAGGACUGAACAAGUUGUCAACAGAAGCCUCCAUCUCGUCUUUAGCCAGUGUUGAGUCUUCCUCCAACCAACCUUAUUUUUCCCUUACUACCUUGCUCAGCCUGCAGAAGAGUUAUUCUUCUAGCAUUCAAGUGAGGAAAACUGUGGGAAUGAGACUGCUGAAUAGUGUUCACCACAUCUGAAAGGUCAUGCUGGGCUUCUGGCCAAGGGCAGGAGACUGACUCUUCACCCUCCCUUAGGUGUCCUAGAGUUAAUGCAAACUCAACAGAACAUUUCUAACGUGGAAGUUUUUACUUGUACACAUGCAUUCCUUUUUUAUUAAAAAACAUGUCUAAGAACACA